AUGGAGGAGGUGGUGAUUGCCGGCAUGUCUGGGAAGCUGCCCGAGUCGGAGAACUUGGAGGAGUUCUGGGCCAACCUCAUUGGCGGUGUGGACAUGGUCACAGAUGAUGACCGGCGGUGGAAAGCUGGGCUCUAUGGCCUGCCCCGGCGGUCUGGCAAGCUGAAGGACCUGUCCAAGUUCGACGCCUCCUUCUUCGGGGUGCAUCCCAAGCAGGCUCACACGAUGGACCCCCAGCUGCGGAUGCUGCUGGAAGUCACCUACGAGGCCAUUGUGGAUGGAGGCAUCAACCCAGCCUCGCUCCGAGGGACACACACCGGCGUCUGGGUGGGCGUGGGUGGCUCCGAGGCCUCGGAGGCCCUGAGCCGAGACCCUGAGACGCUCCUGGGCUACAGCAUGGUGGGCUGCCAGCGUGCCAUGAUGGCCAACCGGCUGUCCUUCUUCUUCGACUUCAGAGGGCCCAGCCUUGCCCUGGACACGGCCUGCUCCUCGAGCCUGCUGGCCCUGCAGAGCGCCUUCCAGGCCAUCCGCAGCGGACAGUGCCCGGCCGCCAUCGUGGGGGGCAUCAACCUGCUGCUGAAGCCCAACACCUCCGUGCAGUUCAUGAAGCUGGGCAUGCUCAGCCCCGAAGGCACCUGCAAGUCCUUUGACGACUCAGGGAACGGAUAUUGCCGCUCAGAGGCCGUGGUGGCCGUCUUGCUGACCAAGAAGUCCCUGGCCCGGCGGGUUUACGCCACCAUCCUGAACGCCGGCACCAACACAGAUGGCUACAAGGAGCAAGGCGUGACCUUCCCCUCUGGAGAGUCCCAGGAGCAGCUUAUCCGCUCCCUGUACCUGCCAGCUGGGGUGGCCCCCGAGUCCCUCGAGUACAUCGAAGCUCAUGGCACAGGCACCAAGGUGGGCGACCCGCAGGAGCUGAACAGCAUCGUGCGAGCCUUGUGUGCCUCCCGCAAAGACCCUCUGCUGGUCGGGUCCACCAAGUCCAACAUGGGGCACCCGGAGCCUGCCUCAGGGCUCGCGGCCCUGGCCAAGGUGCUGCUGUCGCUGGAGCACGGGCUGUGGGCCCCCAACCUGCACUUCCACAGCCCCAACCCCGAGAUCCCUGCGCUCCUCGACGGGCGGCUGCAGGUGGUGGACCGGCCCCUGCCCGUCCACGGUGGCAACGUGGGCAUCAACUCUUUCGGCUUUGGUGGCUCCAAUGUGCACGUCAUCCUGCAGCCCAACGCACGGCUGCCCCCUGCCCCCGCCCCACACGCAGCCUUGCCCCGCCUGCUGCAGGCCAGUGGGCGCACCCCUGAGGCCGUGCAGGACCUGCUCAAGCAGGGCCAGCAGCACAGCCAGGACCUGGCCUUUGUGUGCAUGCUGAACGACAUCGCGGCCACGCCUGCGGCCACCAUGCCCUUCAGGGGCUAUGCCGUGCUGGGCAGCGUGGGCGGUGGCUGGGAGGUGCAGCAGGUGCCUGCCGGCGAGCGCCCACUGUGGUUCAUCUGCUCCGGGAUGGGCACGCAGUGGUGCGGGAUGGGGCUGAGCCUCAUGCGCCUGGGCAGCUUCCGCGACUCCAUCCUGCGCUCUGAUGAGGCUGUGAAGCCGUUGGGCCUGAAGGUGUCGGAGCUGCUGCUGAGCACAGAGGAAAACACCUUCGACGACAUCGUCCACGCCUUCGUGAGCCUCACGGCCAUCCAGAUCGCCCUGCUGGACCUGCUGAGCUCCAUGGGGCUGAGGCCCGACGGCAUCAUCGGGCACUCCCUGGGUGAGGUGGCCUGUGGCUACGCCGACGGCUGCCUGUCCCAGGAGGAGGCUGUCCUCGCCGCCUACUGGAGGGGCCAGUGCAUCAAGGAGGCCAACCUCCCCCCAGGCGCCAUGGCGGCCGUGGGUUUGUCUUGGGAGGAAUGUAAGCAGCGCUGCCCCCCUGGCGUGGUGCCUGCCUGUCACAACUCUGAGGACACAGUGACCAUCUCGGGACCACAGGCCGCGGUGUCCGAGUUCGUGGAGCAGCUGAAGCAGGAGGGCGUGUUUGCCAAGGAGGUGCGGACGGGCGGCAUGGCCUUCCACUCCUACUUCAUGGAGGCCAUCGCACCCACGCUGCUGAAGGCGCUCAAGAAGGUGAUCCGGGAGCCGCAGCCCCGCUCCGCGCGCUGGCUCAGCACCUCCAUCCCCGAGGCGCAGUGGCGGGACAGCCUGGCGCGCACGUCCUCCGCCGAGUACAACGUGAACAACCUGGUGAGCCCCGUGCUGUUCCAGGAGGCGCUGCGGCAUGUCCCCGAGCACGCGGUGGUGCUGGAGAUCGCUCCCCACGCGCUGCUGCAGGCUGUGCUCAAGCGUGGCCUCAAGCCCAGCUGCACCAUCGUGCCCCUGAUGAAGAAGGACCACAGGGACAACCUGGAGUUCUUGCUGGCCGGCAUGGGCAAGGUCCACCUCGCAGGCAUUGACGUCAACCCCAACGCCUUAUUCCCGCCCGUGGAGUUCCCGGCCCCCCGGGGAACGCCCCUCAUCUCCCCGCACAUCAAGUGGGAUCACAGCCAGACGUGGGACGUGCCUGCUGCGGAGGACUUCCCCAACGGCUCCAGCUCCUCCUCGGCCACCGUCUACAGCAUCGACGCCAGCCCCGAGUCUCCCGACCACUACCUGGUGGACCACUGCAUCGACGGCCGCGUCAUCUUCCCUGCCACUGGCUACCUGCACCUGGUCUGGAAGACACUGGCCCGCACGCUGGGCCUGGCUGUGGAGCAGAUGCCUGUGGUGUUCGAGGACGUGACCAUACACCAGGCCACCAUCCUGCCCAAGACGGGGACUGUGCCCCUGGAGGUGCGGCUCCUGGAGGCCUCCCGCGCCUUUGAGGUGUCCGAGAACGGCAACCUGAUAGUGAGCGGGAAGGUGUACCAGUGGGAGGACCCCGACCCCACGAUUUUCGACCACCCAGAAGACCUUGCCGCCGCCAACCCCGGGGCCUUCCGCCUGACGCAGGCGGACUCAUACAAGGAGCUGCGUCUGCGCGGCUACGACUACGGCCCCCACUUCCAGGGCAUCUUGGACGCCAGCCUCGAAGGCACCUCGGGCCGGCUGCUGUGGAGGGACAGCUGGGUGACCUUCCUGGACACCAUGCUGCAGGUGUUCAUCCUGGCCUCUGGCCAGCGCAGCCUACUGCUGCCCACCCGCAUCACCGCCAUCCGCAUCGACCCCGCCACCCACCAGCGGAAGGUGUACCCACUGCAGGGCGAGGCCCAAGCGGUUGACGUGGUGGUGAACAGCUGUCUGAACAGCAUGGUGGCCGGAGGCGCCCACAUCAUGGGGCUCCACGCCUCGGCAGCCCCACGCCGGCAGCAGGAGCAGCUGGCACCCACCGUGGAGAAGUUCUGCUUCACGCCUCACGUGGAGGACGGGUGCCUGUCCGCGAGCACCGCCCUGCAGGAGGAGCUGCAGCUGUGCAAGGGGUUGGCGCAGGCCCUGCAGGCCAAGGUGACCCAGCAGGGGCUGAAGAUGGCAGGGCCAGGGCUGCAGGGGGCCCAAGCCCCCCGGGAACCCCCCCAGCAGGGGCUGCCGCGGCUACUGUGGGCUGCAUGUCAGCUGCAGCUCAACGGGAGCCUACAGCUGGAGCUGGCCCAGGAGAGGCCCCUGUUGCCAGAGGACCCCCUGCUCUGCGGCCUGCUGGACGCCCCGGCGCUCAAGGCCUGCGUGGACACUGCCCUGGAGAACAUGGCCAGCCCCAGGAUGAAGGUGGUCGAGGUGCUGGCCGGCCACGGACACCUGUAUUCCCGCAUCCCGGGCCUGCUCAACACCCAGCCGAUGCUGCAGCUGAGCUACACGGCCACCGACCGCCACCCCCAGGCCCUGGAGGCUGCGCAGCCCAAGCUGCAGCAGUUUGACGUCGCCCAGGCGCAGUGGGACCCAGCAGAGCCUGCGCCCAGCAGCCUGGGCACCAGUGACCUCCUGGUGUGCAACUGUGCUGUGGCUGCCCUCGGGGACCCAGCCUCAGCCCUCGGCCACAUGGCGGCUGCCGUCCGAGAGGGCGGCUUCCUGCUGCUGCACACCCUGCUCAGGGGACACCCCCUCGGGGACACCGUGGCCUUUCUCUCCUCCUCUGAGCCACAGCUCACGCAGGGCCUCUUGAGCCAGGAAGAGUGGGAGAGCCUGUUCACGAGGACGUCGCUGCGCCUGGUGGGCCUGAAGAAGUCCUUCUACGGCUCUGCGCUCUUCUUGUGCCGCCGGCCCGCCACGCAGGACAGCCCCAUCUUCCUGCCCGUGGAGGACACUAGCUUCCGAUGGGUGGACUCUCUGAAGAACAUUCUGGCCGACGACUCCCCGCGGCCCGUGUGGCUGAAGGCCGUCAACUGCACCACCUCAGGCGUGGUGGGCUUGGUGAACUGUCUCCGCAAAGAGUCCGGCGGACACCGGAUCCGGUGCAUCUUGCUGUCCAACCUGAGCAGCACAUCCCGUGUCCCCGAGGUGGACCCAGGCUCGGCAGAGCUGCGGAAGGUGCUGCAGGGGGACCUGGUGAUGAACAUCUACCGCGAUGGGGCCUGGGGGGCCUUCCGCCACUUCCCACUGGAGAAGGACAAGCCGGAGGAGCAGACGGCGCACGCGUUCGUGAACGUGCUCACCCGCGGGGACCUCUCCUCCAUCCGCUGGGUCUGCUCCCCGCUGCGCCACGCCCCGCCCAGCAGCCCCGACGCCCAGCUCUGCACGGUCUACUACGCCUCGCUCAACUUCCGAGACGUCAUGCUGGCCACGGGCAAGCUGUCCCCUGAUGCGAUCCCAGGGAAGUGGGCUUCGCGGGACUGCAUGCUAGGCAUGGAGUUCUCGGGCCGAGACUCCAGCGGCAAGCGCGUGAUGGGGCUGGUGCCCGCCGAGGGCCUGGCCACAUCUGUCCAGCUGUCCCCGGACUUCCUCUGGGACGUGCCUUCCAGCUGGACUCUGGAGGAGGCGGCUUCGGUGCCCGUUGUCUACACCACGGCCUACUAUUCGCUGGUGGUGCGUGGGCGCAUGCGGCGCGGGGAGACAGUGCUCAUCCACUCAGGCUCGGGCGGCGUGGGCCAGGCUGCCAUCACAAUCGCCCUCAGUCUGGGCUGCCGCGUCUUCACCACCGUGGGCUCUGCGGAGAAGCGGGCGUAUCUCCAGGCCAGGUUUCCUGAGCUCGACAGCAGCAGCUUCGCCAACUCGCGGGACACGUCGUUCGAGCAGCACGUGCUGCGACACACAGGCGGGAGGGGAGUUGACCUGGUCCUGAACUCCUUGGCGGAGGAGAAGCUGCAGGCCAGCGUGAGGUGCUUGGCGCAGCACGGCCGCUUCCUGGAGAUCGGCAAAUUCGACCUCUCCAACAACCACCCGCUGGGCAUGGCCAUCUUCCUGAAGAACGUGACCUUCCACGGCAUCCUGCUGGACGCGCUCUUCGAGGAGGCCAGCGACGACUGGCGGGAGGUGGCGGCACUCCUGCGGGCCGGCAUCCGCGACGGCGUGGUGCAGCCCCUCAAGUGCACCGUGUUCCCCAAGGCCCAGGUGGAGGGCGCUUUCCGCUACAUGGCGCAGGGGAAGCACAUCGGCAAGGUCGUCAUCCAGGUGCGACCAGAGGAGCCAGAGGCAGCACCGCAGCGGGUGGAGCCCACCCUGAUGGCGGCCGUCGCCAAGACCUUCUGUGCAGCCCAUAAGAGUUACGUCAUCGCCGGCGGCUUGGGUGGUUUCGGUCUGGAGCUGGCCCAGUGGCUGGUUCUGCGGGGAGCCCAAAAGCUGGUGCUGACCUCCCGCUCUGGGAUCCGGACAGGCUACCAGGCCAAGCAGGUCCGUGAGUGGAGGCGCCAGGGCGUGCAGGUGCUGGUGUCCGCCAGCAACGCCAGCUCGCUGGAGGGGGCCCGGGCCCUCAUCGCCGAGGCCACACAGCUCGGGCCCGUGGGAGCUGUCUUCAACCUGGCGAUGGUGCUGAGAGACGCCAUGCUGGAGAACCAGACGCCUGAGUCCUUCCAGGACGUCAGCAAGCCCAAGUACAGCGGCACCCUGAACCUGGACAGGGUGACCCGAGAGGCAUGUCCUGAACUAGACUACUUCGUGGCCUUCUCCUCGGUGAGCUGUGGUCGUGGCAACGCUGGCCAGACCAACUACGGCUUUGCCAACUCCUCCAUGGAGCGCAUCUGCGAGAAGCGCCGGCACGACGGCCUCCCAGGCCUGGCCGUGCAGUGGGGUGCUGUCGGCGACGUGGGCAUCGUGCUGGAGGCCAUGGGCACCAACGACACGGUCAUCGGCGGGACGCUGCCCCAGCGCAUCAUCUCCUGCCUGGAGGUGCUGGACCUCUUCCUGCACCAGCCCUACGCUGUCCUGAGCAGCUUCGUGUUGGCUGAGAAGAAGACCGCCGCCCACAGGGACAGGGACGGCCAGCAGGACCUGGUGAAGGCCGUGGCGCACAUCCUGGGCAUCCGAGACCUGGCUGGCGUAAACCUGGACAGCUCGCUGGCAGACCUGGGGCUGGACUCGCUCAUGAGCGUGGAGGUGCGCCAGACCCUGGAGCGCGAGCACGACCUGGUGCUGUCCAUGCGCGAGGUGCGGCAGCUCACGCUCCGGAAGCUGCAAGAGCUGUCCUCCACGGGUGACACAGCCAACGAGUCGGUGACCCCCACACCCAAGGACAGCCCGGCCCGGCAGCAGGCCCAGCUGAACCUGAGCGCCCUGCUGGUGAACCCCGAGGCCCCCACCUUGACACGGCUCAACACGGUGCAGAGCUCCGAGCGGCCCCUCUUCCUGGUGCACCCCAUCGAGGGCUCCACUGCCGUGUUCCACAGCUUGGCCGCCAAGCUCAGCAUCCCCACCUACGGCCUGCAGUGCACCCGAGCUGCGCCGCUGGACAGCAUCCACAGCCUCGCCGCCUACUACAUCGACUGCAUCAGGCAGGUGCAGCCCGAAGGGCCGUACCGCGUCGCCGGCUACUCCUACGGAGCCUGCGUGGCCUUUGAGAUGUGCUCCCAGCUGCAGGCCCAGCAGAGCCCGGCCCCCGCCCACAACAGCCUCUUCCUGUUCGACGGCUCUCACACCUACGUGGUGGCCUACACCCAGAGCUACCGUGCCAAGCUGACGCCAGGCUGCGAGGCCGAGGCUGAGACGGAGGCCAUUUGCUUCUUCGUGCAGCAGUUCACGGACGCCGAGCACAGCAGGGUACUGGAGGCGCUGCUGCCACUGAAGGGCCUGGAGGAGCGCGUGGCAGCUGCCGUGGACCUGAUCACCAAGAGCCACCACGGCUUGGACCGCCAGGAGCUGAGCUUCGCCGCGCUGUCCUUCUACCACAAGCUGCGUGCUGCUGAGCAGUACACACCCAAGGCCAAGUACCACGGCAACGUCACACUGCUGCGCGCCAAGACGGGCGGUGCCUACGGCGAGGACCUGGGCGCAGACUACAACCUCUCCCAGGUGUGCGACGGGAAGGUGUCCGUGCACGUCAUCGAGGGAGACCACCGCACGCUGCUGGAGGGCAGCGGCCUGGAGUCCAUCGUGGGCAUCAUCCACAGCUCCCUGGCCGAGCCCCGCGUGAGCGUGCGGGAGGGCUAGGCCCGCCCCUCCACAGACCGCGCUGCGCCCACUCACCUGGCCGCGCUAUGGGCCAGGAGGGUCCUGCCGGUGGGACCCUGCCCCCGCGGCUGCUAGAAGUAGGCUGUCACACUGCAUCCUCCCCACCCGCCACCUCCCACAGGCGUGCGGGGCGCGGGGACCCCAGAGCUGUCGACUCGGAGACGCCCGUCUGUGAAGAGCCGGCGUGGCCCGCAGGAGCCGGGCUGACCCUUUUGUGCCAAGUGGUCUUUGCCGCUUGCUUGGUUUGUUGUUUUUCCACUUGAAUUCGCAUAUUUAUUGCGUCACUGGUGAAGCCGCCCACAUGAAGGUCCCGGGCAGCGUCCACUCUGCACCUCCUGUGCACACAGGUGGCCGCCCAGGCCUGCUGGCUGAGCCUCCUCGGCCGGCCCUGCCCACUGUGUGGAGGCCAUGGGACAGUCCGUCCCCACGGAACAGGACGGGCCUGGGUGCCCCGGCUGCCCCAUGAAGCAGGCCUGGCCCUGCGGACCGCACCGGGCACCUGCUCCGUGACGUCUGUGUCUGUGUUGGACACAGUUCCGACUGCUGCUCAGAGUCUGAAUUCACUGUAACGUCAGUGCAGAGGCCCGUGUCUGACCCUGUUCGUUUUAUACCAGUUUGGUAAAACUGCUGCUCCAGAUGUCUCGUCCCCAAGCCCCACAAUUAAACCGCACGUGAG